UACCUGUUCAUUUACACAUUUCUACGUACAAUAAAUACAAUCAAAAAGCCACUUCCUUUGCUCCGAAGUUAAUUACCCACCUCGACUUUGUCUUCGUCUUCGUCGCCAUCUUCCUCUUCUUCUGCGAUUUUUUCCCCAAAAACCCAUCUCAAGGACUCUUGCUUUCUUCCCACUGCUAACUCGUCUCAUUCGCCCGCUCAAUUUCGUUGGGAGUAGAAGAGGUGAAUUUUUGUGUUUCGGGCCUUGCUUUUACUUUUGCAUUAUUUUGAGUAGCUUAAAGAAAUAAGGUUUUGUUGUUUGAAAGAAGAAUUUUUGGAGGUCAAGGUCUCAUGAGAAUUGUUAGGGGAAUGCAGAAAUUGAUUCACAAGGAGCAGAGGGAAAUUGACUUCUACUCGGACGAAUCAUUCAGCCAAGGGAUUGGGGUGACUGCACCUAAGGCCAGGAAGCGCGACAAGUUGAAAACAAAGGGUUUUAUGUUCCUCUAAUCUUAGGUUAAGCAAAAUAAUUGUCACCCAGGCCUCUGGUUGAAGAAAAUUUAGAAAAAUGACUCGGAUACUUGUUCAGCGGGGUUCUAAUGGGUCGUCAUCUUCAUCAUCAAACCAGAAUAGAUCAUUGACAUCACUACCUAGUUCAUCUUCUUCUUCGUCUUCAGCUUUGGUUCAACCACAAACUACUAGCAACAAUCAGGUGUCGUCAGCUGGGAAAGACAAUGAGUUGGGAGCUGAGAUUCAAGAGCAGGUUUCCCUGGAUGAGUUUUCAGUUGAUUGUUUUGAGAGCAAGCCAGUGAAAAGUGAGAAAAGUGAGGAUUUUUCACCAGAAAACUUGAGCAAUGAUCUGAGAGCUGAUGAGGAGAAAAUAGUUGAUAAUGAUUUUGUUUCUGAGGAUUUGCUAAAAGGUCUUGGUGGGUUGGGAGUUGUGGAAGAGGAAAAUGAAGGAAGUUCUUUGCAUGCAGCUGCUGGUAGUUCAUAUCCACCUCCUCCUCCGGUGCCACCUCCAAAACCCACUUCAAUGAAUUCAAAUCUGAGGAGGUAUCCAUCUGGCAGUUCAAAUGCUGUGCGAACAGGACCAUCUAGGGGGCCUCUUGGCCGUCCUAUUGUUUCAGUUAGAACUUCACCAACCAGAUCCCGACCUUCUUCCCCACGGUCUCACUGUGAAAGUGAAGGUUAUAACAGUGCUGAUGAGCAAGGCCCAUCCCUUGGUCCCUCUUAUGACGAUGCAGAAAGAGAACGCCAAUUUGAAAUUGAUCUAAGACGAGUUAAAGGUCUGGAAGUCAAGAAAAUGAUGGAAGAUGGAAACUGCCUCUUUCGAGCUGUUGCUGAUCAAGUGUAUGGUGAUUCUGAAGUUUACGAUUUGAUUAGGCAGAUGUGCAUUGACUACAUGGAACGUGAAAGAGACCACUUCUCUCAGUUUAUAACAGAAGGUUUCACUUCAUAUUGCAAGAGAAAACGUAGAGAUAAGGUUUACGGUAACAAUGUGGAGAUUCAAGCUCUAUGUGAAAUGUACAAUCGACCUAUCCAUAUAUAUUCAUAUAGCACAGAGCCUAUCAACAUAUUUCAUGGAAGUUACAAUACAGACACCCCUCCUAUUCGCCUAAGCUACCAUCAUGGUAAUCAUUACAACUCCCUGGUUGAUCCUCGGCGAUUAACAAUUGGUGCAGGACUUGGCUUUCGCUGUUUGGAAGGGAGAAAUGUUGAUAAGGAUCAAGUGAAAGCAGCAAUUAAGGCACAACAGGACCAACAAAUUGAUAAUAUCCUUCUAGCUGAAGGGCGCUUUAUUUCAGAUCUUGAGCUCACCGAGAAGGAAAUAGAACGCAUGGUAAUGGAGGCUUCUAGGGCUGAAUAUCUUGCCAAUGACAAGUACAAGCAACAACCCGGCCACCGAGAAUCUUCCACCUCUGGUGCUGAACCGUCUUCUUCUGGAGCUAGGUCAUCAGGAAGUGACACUAGGCACGAUGGAGGGCGUGAGUCGAGAUUGCCAGAUUCUGUUCUCAGUGACAGCAUGCAGAUUAUGCUGUCAAUGGGUUUCAGCUAUCCACAAGUGAUUGAAGCUUAUAGCAUAUUUGGGGACGAUGUGGAUUCGAUGGUUUGUUACCUUGUAGAAACCAGCGGUAGCAGCAGCAGGCGCAAAGGCAAGGCAACCGAGUAAUAACAAUCUUAGUUUCGUCGAGAUUGGCAGAUAAGAUAACAGUUGUCUCUCUUUACUGUCAAAACUAUAGCUUUGUUGCAGAACUAUAACCUGCUAUUGUUAUGAUCUAUAACCUUCAUUGGAGUUUCCCAGCUGCAUUUUUCUUCUUCUGUUGCGCUUUUGUGAUGUUAUGUUUGGAUAUAUACAUAUGGUUGGUUGCUGGUUUAUCA